AUGGCCACCAAGAAGUUAAAGGACAAGAAACUGAAAGACAAGUUUACAGUCCGUAAGUCACUCGUUUCAUCACUGGAAACAGUCGAGUCCUUUGUGGAAAAUUAUGAGGAAGACCGCGAUUUCCCUCAAAUACCAGUUCGGUUGGACUUAGUGGACCAAGUGUACCGAGAAUAUGUGAAGGUACAAUCGGAGAUUGAAAGGAUGGACCGUGGAGAUGCUCCGUUAGUGAAACAUCUGCAAGAACGGAGAGAAUUCGAUUCUAGAUAUUGUGCCACAAAGGGUUGGUUGAUGAAUUGCAGAUCAGUGGAGUUGAAUUCAACCAGAAAUGCCACCAAUAUGAACGUAUCGCAACCGUCCAGUUUCCACUUGCGGCUUCCAAAAAUUGAUUUGCCAAAAUUCGAUGAUGAUUACUCACGGUGGCUAGGAUUUCGGGACACAUUCAAGUCCAUGGUGCAUGAUGUCGCCGAUAUCCCAUUAGUUGCCAAACUUCAAUUCCUGCUCCAGUCAUUGGAAGAAGAGGCACGCAAGCCUUAUGAAACGGUGGACAUCGAAUCAGCAAACUAUCUAACCACUUGGGAGGCACUCCUCAAGCGCUAUGACAACAAACACUUUCUCAAGAAGCAGUUAUUCAGUGCGCUCCAUGAUAUUGCUCCAAUUCGCAAAGAAUCCCCGCAGGAUCUCCACAACGUUGUGGACGACUUUCAACGUCACGUGAAGGCAUUAUCGAAGCUUGGAGAGGCAGUAGAAACCUGGGACACACCGCUGGUAUGUAUGCUGUCCUACAAAAUUGAUCCAAUAACCCUCAGAACCUGGGAAGAAUAUGCGGCAAAAUCGGAAAAUGUUGGAUAUGAUGCGUGCUUGGAGUUUUUGUAUCAGCGGGUUCGCAUACUACAAACGGUUUCGUCGGAAAUACAACAUCGCUCUCAAGCAGCUCCGGUUAAAAUGAUCGGUUCGAAUAUUGUCACCAAAAAGAUUCAGUCUCAUAAGUCGGUAGCCAAUACAGCGACUUCAAGCUCCCGCGCAAAUCCUCCCACCUGCAUGGCCUGUUCUGAGAAGCACCUGUUGUUCCAGUGUCCCACAUUCCAAGGACUAACCGUCGGCCAACGUCGAGAGCUGAUCACACAGAAACGUCUUUGCUGGAACUGCUUCAAAUCGUCUCAUAUUGCUCGGAAUUGUGAUUCAAAGUACACGUUCCGUCAUUGUCGUGAACGGCAUCACAUACUGCUGCACCAGUCGCCAAACUCAAAUCUGACGCCAAAGGUUACAGCAAGUUCGCCGGCUCAGCAAGCAGCUCUACCUACGAUUGAUCAAGGAAAUCCAAGCGGAUCGGUAAAUAUUCCAACGGAAGUAAGCGUGCAGGCUCAUCGUAGUUCUCCAAGCACCGUUUUUCUUUCCACGGUGGCACUCUGGAUCGAGGAUAGAUUCGGAAAACCACAUUCUGCUCGUGCAUUGAUUGACUCGGGGUCACAGUCGAAUUUUAUUUCGAACAGGCUUGCUCGUCGUCUGUGCCUGCGAUCAGAACGAGUAAGUGUCCCCAUAACCGGUAUUGGUGAAGCAAACGUGACGGUCACGCAAUCCGUCCUUGCCACCAUCCGUUCCAAAAAUGAAGAAUUUUCGAGUGAAUUGGAGUUUUUGGUUCUCCCGAAGCCAACUGCAGAGCUUCCAUCUACUAAUGUUGACAUCUCGUCAUGGAAAAUACCUCCAAACGUUGCUCUAGCCGACCCCACGCUUAAUGUUUCUGGACGCAUUGAUUUGCUCCUUGGCAUCGAGCAAUUCCACGAGUACCUGAAGAAUGGCAGAAUCACCCUCGGCGAAGAAUCUCCAGUCUUAGUUGAAACAGUGUUUGGUUGGGCCGUAAGUGGCCGUUGGUAUGGCACAUCUCCAUCCUCCUCUCCAGUUUGCCAUGCAGCCCUGGCCCCGUGUAGCCUAGAAUCAGUCUUGGAAAGAUUCUGGGAAUUAGAAGCAGUAGAGUCUGGCCGACUGUACUCAGCAGAAGAAGCUUCAUGCGAGGAACUUCAACUACACGCAACGAUAGUGGACGAUAUGUCGUCCGACUUCCACGAACGGAUAAUCAAAAUAUACUCAUAG